AUGCAUCCACUUUGGAAGCUCCUGGUCCUCCUCAGAUUGCUGUCUUUGCCUUCAGCACUGCACGAGCAGCCCUGGUUUGGCCUGGCCAAGGCCUACACAAACAGCAAGUCCGCCCUGGUGAGAAUUAUCACCCAGGGCCUCAUGAAAUACAAUGCAGAGAGCCGAAUUCAGAACAUCUGCCUCCUGGACAGUCUGAAUGCAUCAAGGCAGGUGGCCACAGGGAUGGUGAGCUGGCUAAUUGGUGGUGGCGUGAAGCUCCAGCAGCAACAAGAAGGCAGCGCCAACAUCACCAACAUUCAGCUGGACUAUGGCAGGAUCCAGAUAUCUUUCCCUAAGGAGUGGUUCUCAGCAAGCAUCUCACUUGAAUUUGACGUUGACUUGAAACUGCCCUUCAAUAACAACACCGCAAAGACACACGCAUGCAUGAACCUUGCUGUGGAGUUCUGGCUGGAGAAAGACGAGUUUGGCCGGAGGGAUCUGGUGAUAGGCAGCUGCCGCGUGGAGCCCAGGAGUGUCCGCACAACAGUCCUAACUGAAGAUAUCUCACCAAAGAUAAAACAUUUUCUCCGCAAUUUUAGACAAAACCUGGAAAAAGUUAUCCCACACCUAAUAGAAGAUCAGGUAUGUCCUCUGAUCAGUGAAAUCCUCAGGCAGCUGGAUGUGAAGCUGUUGAAAAGCCUCAUGGAACAGCCUGCUGCUCAUGAACUCAACCACCUGUGA